AUGGUUAACGGUUAUGCUGUGCCUCUCACCAGGGUGGUGACAUCACCAGCUGGCACCGUGUGUAUGAAUAGCCGGGUAUAGGAGAGCUGCUGCUGUUACACAAUGUACACAGGCGCCUUGCGUAAUGCUCUCAUCAUGUGACCUGGGUGCCUGCAGGGGAAGCAAGGGGUGGUCCGGGCCAGUCGUCUUCAUUACUAUUUAACACUGAAGACAGAGACGGUGGCAUCUUCCAUGAAGCUUUGUCGUCACUCGACGGCAGCAAGUGCCGCAACACAGCGCAGUGAUGUGAAAGCUCAGACUCACCCCGAUAAGAGGAAACCCAAAACUGGGAUCCUUAUGCUGAACAUGGGGGGUCCUGAGACUCUAGAUGACGUCCACGAUUUUCUCCUCCGUCUAUUUUUGGACAAAGAUCUCAUGACUCUCCCGGCACAAAGCAAACUUGGGCCUUUCAUUGCCAAACGUCGCACCCCAAAAAUUCAAGAACAAUACAGAAAAAUUGGUGGAGGAUCCCCUAUAAAGAAAUGGACAGCUCAGCAAGGAGAAGGCAUGGUGAGAGCUCUGGACGAACUGUCCCCGGCCACAGCGCCUCAUAAAUAUUACAUUGGUUUCCGGUACGUCCAUCCGCUGACAGAGACGGCGAUCAGCGAAAUGGAAAGUGACGGCGUAGAGAGAGCAAUCGCCUUCACACAGUACCCUCAGUAUAGCUGUUCCACCACCGGAAGCAGUCUGAAUGCGAUUUACCGAUACUAUAAAUCCAAAGGCGCUAAGCCCAACAUGAAGUGGAGCGUUAUUGACAGAUGGCCAACGCACCCUCUCCUUAUCCAGUGCUUUGCGGACCACAUACAGAAAGAGCUGAGUAUGUUUCCAGUAGAGAAGAGAGGCGACGUGGUCAUCCUGUUCUCUGCCCAUUCUUUGCCCAUGGCGGUGGUAAACCGCGGAGAUCCAUAUCCACAGGAGGUCGGAGCCACGGUGCAAAAAGUCAUGGAGAAACUGAAUUUCUCAAACCCCUAUAGACUUGUCUGGCAAUCCAAGGUGGGGCCCAUGGCUUGGUUGGGUCCCCAAACUGACGAAACAAUUAAGGGUCUCUGCGAGAGAGGGAAGAAGAAUAUUCUACUGGUUCCCAUUGCCUUCACUAGUGAUCAUAUCGAGACCCUCUACGAGUUGGAUAUAGAAUACGCCCAGCAUCUUGCCAACGAGUGCGGUGUUGAGAACAUCAGAAGAUCUGAGUCGCUUAACGGAAAUCCAUUGUUCUCCAAGGCCCUUGCUGACUUAGUCCUGUCCCAUAUGAAGUCCAACGAGAUCUGUUCCAAACAGUUAACUCUACGGUGCCAGAUGUGCGUUAAUCCCGUCUGCGGAGAAGCUAAGGCGUUCUUUACAAGUCAAGACCUGUGAGCAAGACGUAUGGACGCUCUGCAGAGAGAGGAUUUACUAUUUGCAAUUGCAGGGUUUUUUUUUUAUAUUUAGUUUUGUUUUUAUUUCCAAUCUAUAUAAUUCAUGCAUUGUGCUUUUUAUUUUUUUUUGUAUUUUUUUUUUGUAUUUUUUUUUUAUGCGUCACUGUGGUUGCUUUCAGGUUUUUCUUCUUAAAAAAAACUACUAUGCUGCCAUAAGUGUUGGUGCUACCCACCAUAACUUCACCUGUCUUGUCUCCUCUCCUUGUGAGAAGGGUAACGACUCGUUAGGGAAAGUUUUUUUUUUUUAAUAUAUUUGGUUACAAGUGGUGAUAUAGAGGAUGGCUGGAAAUGUAACUAUAUGGCUCUGACGUUUAUAUCAUGCGUUUACAUAUUUAGGGGUAGCUUUACUGUCCGUCGUUUGAUCGAUGGAUUUCAAAGGUCUAUAAUAAUUAAUGCUAAAUCGGGUUUAUUUAGCACUAAUUACCAUUGCCCUUUGAAAUCCAUCGGUCAAAACUGUCGAUCGUCGGCAGAUACUAAAUCUACCCCUUAGAAGUUAUGGGAAAGAAUGUAGAGGUAAUAAUCCAGCAACCAAGUCUUCCUCCGGAAUAAUACUUUAUACUGUGACCUAAACCGCCCUCCCCACUUUUAGUGCUGCCCCAACUGUUGCCUUACUGCUUCUGCUGGCAGUCCUCCACCAAUGCGACCGUUAUACCGGACAAAACAUCUGUAAUCCACCUACAAUAAAAAAUGUUUGGUGAAUACGUAAUUCCUCACUCAAUAACCCUUCCACAUUAAACCAUAUAAGUAAUAUAUUUUAGUCUAGCUCAAGCAACUGAUUCAUUGCUGGGAUACGUAGUCCGACAACUACUUUAUUGAAUUCAUACAGUGGAUUGGCUUAUAAUUAAUGUAUUCUGCUUCAUUGUAACUUAUGUCUUAAUCGCAUCAUAUGCAAAACAGGCCGGCGGAAGCAGCGUAAUCCAUUACACAGAACAAUGCAUCAUAUUUGAACUAUUGUUGUAUUGUAAAUUGAUACAUUUAUUAAAUACAAUCUGAUUGAACACCCUG